CUGAGCGACCAACAUGGCGGCGGGUGAACCAGGCGGAGCUCCGACACGGAGCCGUCUGUGACAUCAGGCCGGUCUGUGAGCGUCUGUCUGCGGGGAAACGGCAUGAAGCUGCCCGGGCCGCGGGCAUCAUGGCCGCUGUGACCGGCAACACCCGCAGAGUCAUGACGGAUCCAGCCGGAGGGUCGCAGCGCGGCGGCCGUGUCCCGGCUCCGGGAGGCGGCGGCAGGUCGGCGGAGACCUGGAAGAGGCACAUCGUCCGUCAGCUGAAGCACCGAGACCUGAGCCAGCACGCCAAGUUCCAGGACCUGAUCCGCUUCUACACUCAGCUGCUGGACAAAACCAGUCUGGCCAAAGGAAUACUGAGCUGCUCCAUCAGACUGCCCUCCUCUGACAGCAGCAGCUCCAUCUCCUCUCUGCUUCACCGGAACAACCAGCUGAAGAAAACUACAGGAGAGUUAGCCUAUCAGGUGGUGGAGCUGCAGCAGCAGAUUAAAAUCAAAGAAUGUGUUCUGGAGGAGCAACAUUCCAGACUGCUGGAGGUGGAGCGGCGGCUGGCGGGCACGUUUGAUGCACGUCGGGAGCUGCGGGAGCGGGUGGAGCGGGUUCAGGGGGAAAACGGGGCGUUGAAGAUGGAGUAUGACGCCCUGCUGGAGCAACAGAGACGGGCGGAGACGGGACUCAGAGAGGAGAACGUCAGAGGAGGACGCCUGCUGGAGGACAUGAUCCACCUGAAACAACAGGCCGCCGCGCGCAUGAACAGCCGCAACGAACGCAGAUCCAGAGCUCGACAAGCUAACCUGCAGAAGGAGCUGCAGACUGCCGCCAGGUCAAAGGUCACCGUGGACAGUUCUUCCAGCGCUCCGACCUCCAGAUCCACAUCUCCAAAGACUGAAAACCACCACGAGUCCACGGAGCGGGGCCACGCCAGACUCUUCAGAUCAGCAUCGGCUACGUCCCCGAGGAUCCUCACCUCCAUCAGAGAGCUCUUCGAGAGGAAGAGGCGUGGCCACUCAGUCUGCAGUCUGGAGGAGGAUCUGAUGUGUCCUGUAGGGGUCUGUGUGUCAGCCAGAGUCCCCGUUAGAGCUCGACAAGUACUGGAGGCCCACGAGCAAGGCAUCAACGCUGUGAGGUUCAGCUCCGGUUCAGACCUGCUGGCCACCGGAGGGACAGACAGAGUCAUCAAGCUGUGGGAGGUUAGAGCAGGCUCGCUGACUCACAGAGCGACUCUGGACGGCAGCACAGAGGGGAUCACCUGCAUCGACUUCAACCAAACGGGCUUGAGGAUCCUCGCGGCCUCGUAUGACAAGUCGGCCUUGUUGUGGCAGCGGGACGAGUCCGUUCCCAAGUUAACUCUAACAGGUCACAGCAGGAAGGUGACAGCAGCGAGGUUCAGCAGUUGUCCUCAUCAGGUGGUGACGGGUAGCGCUGACAGAACCAUCAGACUGUGGGACCUCCAUAGAGCUGCCUGUGUGCAGGUAGCUGAGGUGGCGUCAUAUUGUAGUGACCUGGUCUGUUCUGAGAACUGUAUCAUUAGUGGACACUACGACUGUAAGAUCAGAGUCUGGGACACCAGGACGGUCAGCUGCGUUCAGGAGCUUCCCGCUCAGGGGAAAGUCACCUCAUUGGACAUCAGCUCCGAUCAUCGCCAGCUGCUCAGCUGUUGCCGCGACGACUGCCUCCAGCUGGUCGACCUGAGGAGGCGGAGCAACGACCGCGUGUGCUUCAGGGCCGACGGCUUUAAAUGUGGCAGCGACAGCACCAAAGCUGUGAUCAGUCCAGAUGGUUCCUUUCUCGCGGCUGGAUCAGCAGACGGUGCCGUUUAUAUCUGGAAUGUCUCUACUGGCAACCUGGAGACCUGCCUGGCCGACAAACACAGUUCGUCCAUUAGUGCCGUGUCCUGGUCUUUCUCCGGUGAAUACGUCGUCAGUGUGGAUAAGAGCAGGCUGGCCGUCCUCUGGAGUGACAUUUGAAACAGCCAAUCCACUAAGAGGUCAUGUUGUCACAGCAACACCCCACACUACACACCUCACCUUAAAAAGCAAACUGGUCUGAGAUCUGUCAAAGGGAACAUUUGUGUUUUUUUAAGCUGUUUGUUGAUUGGACAGAAGGGAUUGAAAACAUUUUGCUCGCUGCCUUUUUUCAUUUGCAUUUUAUAACAUAAGUGUGGAGCAUAAAUACAGAGGAAAACAAGGGUUAGGGUUACUGACUUUUUACUGACUGUAACAGCUGUCAAACCUGCGACCCAAACAUGGAAACAUUCCCGUCAUGUUUGAAACCUUCCACAGUGACGUGUUGCAGCCUGUGACCUUCAUCAGGAUCGUCACACAGCACAGCACAAACACUUCGAAAGGAAGAGUGUUAAAAAGGGUUAAAGCAUGUAGGAAACACAUGCAGUCAUACACACACUGAUGGAACACAUGGAGUUAUACACACACUGAUGGAACACAUGCAGUCAUACACACACUGAUGGAACACAUGCACUCAUACACACACUGAUGGAACACAUGGAGU